AUGUCGGGCUCUUUCUGGAAGCUAAGUAAUGGUUUCACUUCCCUAUCCAACGUCACCUCCAUUCUAGAAAACCAUACCAUCAACGACAAUGCCCAAGAUGACUCCCAGACAAUAUCAGUGCUCCUAAAGCUUUUGGACGAGAAUGACUUGCUUCAGGAGUUGAUGUCGAAUAACUCCAUGUUGCUUGAGUUCUUGCGUAAUGACAACGUCAUCAGCAUGCUUGUGGACCUUUUGAUUCUGGAAAGCUUGCAGGGCGAACAGCUUGCCAUGAGCUUGAAGAGACUCAAUCUUUCUCCAGAUUUGAAGGUUGAGUCGGGCUCUGACUCUGAACAAAGUAAGGAUUCCGACGGUGAGACUGAAGAGAAGCCCCUGUCGGAGAACAAAGACGACGACAAUGAAAACGACUCGAAAACGUCUUCUCCUAAAUCUCUGAAGGAAGAAGAGAGUGAAAAAGAAGAGGAGGCUUCCCCUGAAUCCUCUGAGGAAAGACGUUCUCGCUAUGCUGCCUUGUCAGCAGAGAUCUUGAGUGCUGACGUGUGGUCUCUUACCGACACAGUGAUGGAGUCCACACAGAAUCUUAAUAAGUUAUGGUCGAUUCUCGAUCUAGAGCAACCGUUGUCGAUCAACUUGGCUACGUACUUUAUGAAAAUUAUGGAACACCUUUUGGACAUGAAGUGCGAGGAAAUGAUCACUUACUUGAUUGACAACCAGCCGUUGUUGGUCAAGAAGUUCAUGAACCACUUGGCCAACCCACCCCUCAUGGACUUCUUGCUCAAGCUCAUUUCCACUGAUAAACCGGAUAACUCCACAGGCAUAAUAGACUUCCUUCAGGAUCAAGAGCUUGUUCCUCAGCUUGUUGAUGCUCUUGAUACUUCCGACACGGAUACUGACAUUGAUGUCUUGUUAGUGAGACAAUCAUCCGCUGCAGACUUCCUAAAAGCGCUCAUUACCAUUUCUGCUAACUCUACUACUGACAAUUCCACCAUUGGACCCAACGAACUUACCCGUGAGCUUGUGUCUUAUGACAUUAUGGCUCGUCUUUGUGAUAUUAUGUUGAAGGGUGGCUAUGCAUUGGCCAAUGGUGUUGGCAUUAUUAUUGAGAUUAUCAGAAAGAAUAACUCGGAUUACGACAUUUUACCAGUCCUUUACAUCACCUUGGAAAGUCAUCCUCCCACAGGAAGAGACCCCAUAUAUUUGGGCCAUUUGUUGAAAGUUUUCGGAAGCAAGAUCGAUGAGUUCAAUAAACUAUUGAUUCAUGUGAAUGAGGGUUCGUCCUUGCUCACCACUUUCGGUAAAAUCGAGCCUUUGGGAUUUGAGAGGUUUAAGAUUUGCGAGUUGAUCGCUGAACUUUUGCACUGCUCCAACAUGGCGCUUCUCAAUGACAACAAGGGAUUUGAUGUCGUGAAGAUAAGAGACCAACUUAGAAAGAAAAUGAGGGAGUUUGACCCUGUUGCAUUCAAAUACAACGAAGUGAUCGAGCUUCCUGCCGACGAUUGGCAGCCAAGUCUUGAUGCUGAGAAAGAGUUGACCAAAAAGUUUGACAAAGACUUGCCAAAGCACGAAUUUGACGACGAAAACGAUUUCAAUGAUACCAUUGAUUCAUUUAAUUCUAAAAUGCAAGAUUCAUCAGUUGCCCAUCAUGGAAAUCAGAAUAGUGGCGACGAAGAAGAGCCACCUCAUAGCAAUGCUAAUCUCACCGAAGAAGAACUUAGAGCGGACCCAGUCGUUGGUGAUUACCUCAAGAUCGCAUUAUACGAUUCUCAGAUUGUAUCCAAUAUUUUGUCGAUGUUUUUCAAGUUUCCAUGGAACAACUUUUUGCAUAACGUCGUUUUUGAUAUAGUGCAACAAGUCUUGAAUGGCUCCAUGGAUAUUGGAUUCAACAAGUUCCUCGCUAUUGACAUCUUCCAUUCUGGUAACAUCACGCACAAGAUCACCGAGGGCCAGCGUCUCUGUUCGGACUAUGAACAAGAGCACAGCGGCAUGAGACUCGGAUAUAUGGGCCACUUGACAUUAAUCGCAGAAGAAGUGGUCAAAUUUAUUCAAUUAUACCCUGUUGGUACUGUCAGCGAGCUUAUCGAUGAAAGAAUCGAAGACGAGAUUUGGGAGAACUAUGUCAGCCAAGUCUUGUAUGAUACAAGAAAGAAGUACAAUGCUAUCCUCGGCGGCAGCGAUGUGGAUGACGACGAGGGCUCGAAUACUUUCGAUGAAAGUACGGGUGAGAUCAUCGAGGAGAGCGAGUUCGAAAGUGCCUUGCGUGAAAUGCAUACGAUAGACAAUGAUCGCGACUUAAUAGGCAGCAGUUACGAGAACCAAGAUAAGGAAGAGGAAUUCCACGAAGAUGUGGACACUCGCGAAGAGAGCGACGCUGAGAAGAAAGACGGUAACAAGUUAAGCUCAAGUGACGAGUCCGAGUCCGAGGAUGACGAUGACCACUUUGCCAAUUACAUGUCGCUGCAACUAACCAUAUCUGGUUCUAACGCUUUCCAAUCCUCCCUUAAUAGCAAGGCCAAGGAAUUGAAGAAUGAAGAAGAUACUGAAAACAAAUACAAUGAUUUCCUUCAUGUCUCCGGUGACGCUGGAGAUGACGAUGACGAUUACAUUGACCCCAAUGACGAUGGCAUGUCGUACAAGAAGGCGAACCCCCUUUACGAUAACCAAGGAUUACUUGUGAGAGACCAGAUGCAUCUGUAUCCUGGGGACACCAACAACCUGAGUGAAGACUCCACGUCCAGCUCGGACAGCGACGAGGAUCUCGCUUUAGAGACCGACUCGAAAGACGGUAAGAGUAACAAGCUAACGCGAGUUGCAAGUAAAGGUUAG